GUUUCCAUGGCUACGAAGAGCGUCGCGAACCCGGGGAUCGGGCGAGGAGCAGAAGAUGAAGCUCAGGAGCCUCCUGCUCCGCUAUUACCCGCCAGCUGGCGAAAUCACAGGCUUACUGUGCAUAAACCAUCACGACUCAUUCCAAGGAUGGUCCUCCUGGGAGCAUAAAGAAGCAUAUGACUUUCUUCUCAAAGAUGUUGCAAUCUCACUGGGGAGAGAAGGCAUAGAUGUCAAGUAAUAGAAGGAAUUAUGUUGGAAUAUGAAAAGAGUGGAGAAUUGAAGACCAAAUCCAUAGAUUUGCUCAACCUCAGUCCCAGCACUGAAGUCAAUGCCCUAGUAGAAGAAAUACAGAAAGCAGAGCCUCUAAUCACAGCUUCAAGAUCAGAGCAAGUAAAGCUUUUAAUUCAGAGAUUACAGGAUAAACUCAGACAGCACAGCAACCACACAUUCUAUCUUUUUAAGGUUCUCAGAGCACACAUACUGCCAUUGACUAAUGUUGCACUUAAUAAAUCGGGCUCUUGCUUUAUCACAGGAAGCUAUGAUCGGACGUGUAAACUCUGGGACACUGCAUCUGGAGAGGAGCUUCACACCCUGGAGGGCCACAGGAAUGUAGUUUAUGCCAUAGCAUUCAACAAUCCUUAUGGUGACAAAAUUGCCACUGGAUCCUUCGAUAAGACUUGUAAGCUGUGGAGUGUAGAAACGGGAAAGUGUUACCAUACCUUUAGGGGUCACACAGCAGAAAUAGUGUGUUUGUCAUUCAACCCUCAAAGCACACUAGUGGCUACUGGAAGCAUGGACACAACAGCCAAACUGUGGGACAUUCAGAGUGGAGAGGAAGUGUUCACUUUAAGAGGACAUUCAGCUGAAAUCAUCUCUUUGUCCUUUAACACCUCAGGAGACAGAAUCGUCACAGGAUCUUUUGAUCAUACAGUUGCAGUGUGGGAAGCUGAUACCGGAAGGAAGGUGUAUACCUUAAUCGGGCAUUGUGCUGAGAUUAGCAGUGCUUUAUUCAAUUGGGAUUGCUCUCUGAUAUUAACUGGCUCUAUGGACAAAACCUGCAUGCUGUGGGAUGCCUCAAAUGGAAAAUGUGUGGCAACGCUAACAGGCCAUGAUGAUGAAAUACUAGACAGCUGUUUCGAUUACACUGGAAAACUUAUUGCAACUGCUUCAGCUGAUGGAACAGCAAGAGUUUUCAGUGCAGCCACAAGAAAGUGUCUUACGAAAUUAGAAGGCCAUGAAGGUGAAAUUUCAAAGAUUUCUUUCAACCCCCAAGGGAAUCGUCUUCUGACUGGCAGUGCUGACGAAACAGCUAGAAUCUGGGAUGCUCAGACUGGUCAGUGCCUCCAGGUUCUUGAGGGGCACACGGAUGAGAUCUUUUCAUGUGCUUUCAACUAUAAAGGCGACAUAAUCAUUACAGGGAGCAAGGAUAAUACAUGUAGGAUAUGGCGCUGACCAAAGAAAAAGGCAGUUGAUGAGCAGAUUUGCCAGCAACGGAGGUCAAGACCUGGAGUUUUACAGAGAGCCAGAGAGCGAACCAUUUUGAUAUUUCAUGUUUUCUCUUUUUCCACAAAUCAACUAUUUCUACACUGUCCUUAGCUUCACAGAUAUGACCAUUAAAACUGAUAAAGUUUUAUCA